AUGCCCGGAGCAGCGCACCUGCAGCUCUCCCUCAGCGCGGGGCUGUCCCUCCUCUUCCUCGGCGUCCUCCUGGGCUGUGCCAUGUGCUGGUGGCACCGCCGGCGCCCGGGCCGCGCCCUGGGCCGGCAGCGAGUGGAGCUGGGGGCGGCUCUGCCCGCGGCCACGGUGCCGGUGCCCAUCCAGCAGCGGCGCUCGGAGCGGAGCGCCCGGGCCCAGGAGAUUUCCCCGGCACCGCCGGCACCCCGAGGGGGCUCUCCCCACGGCACCGCGUCCCUGCCCAGCCUCCCGCUCCUCCCGCAGCUGGCGGGGCUGUGGCAGCGCCGCUGCACCGUGGCCGGCACCAAAGCCCUCUGCGGCGAGCGGAGCCCGCUGGUCCUCGCCGCGCCACCGCGCUCCGGGCAGCGCCCCCGGCUCCACUGCGAGCUGCGCUACUCCGCGCCCGAGGCCACCCUCACCGUCACCGUCCUCGGCGUGUCGCAGCUGCCCCGGGGCCAGCGGGGCUCCCGCGUUAAGGUGUCCCUGGUGUCACCGGCCCGCCGCGGCUCCGAGCGCCGCAGGAGCCUCCGCCGGGAGCCGCGGCCGUGCCGCUUCGGCCCGUACGGCCCGCAGGAGCUGCGCGGCUGCACCCUGCGCUUUGCCGUCUACGCCAGGGCACGGAGCCUCCAGGAGUCCUUCGUGGGCGAGGUCCUGUUCCCCUGCGCCGAGGCCGCCUGGGACCCCCGCGCCCCCUCCAGCUACUCCUGGGAGCUGGAGAGCACCAAAACCAAGCUCAGCAAGCACUGCCAUGCCCCCAGCCUGAGCUGCAGCGUGCUCUCCUCGCCCCCCAGGCCCCUGGGGCAGCUCCUGCUGCAGCUGCAGCUGCAGCCCGCGGCUGGGCGCAUCAAGGUGCUGCUGCGCAAGGCCCAGGCCCUGGGCCGGCUCUCCCGCAUGCCGGGCACCCCAGGCCACUAUGUCACCGUCCACCUGCGCCAUGAGGGCCACAUCAUUGACACCAAGGAGACCAAGUCUGUCAGCGGCUACAGCCCCGUGUGGAACGCGCCCUUCCUCUUCACCCUCCCCACUGGGGACAUCCAGCAGCAGCAGCUGGCCUUGGAGUUUGUGGUCAUGCAGGCUCGGCUCCACGGCCGUGGCUCGGUGCUGGGCCGUGUCCAGCUGGGGCCAGGGGUGCCACACUGGAGGGACAUGUGCAGCCGGGCACCGCUGGAGUCAGAGCGCUGGCACCGCAUCCAGCCCAGACCCUGA